ACCACAGUUUCAAGCUUCUGCUCACGUCGCAACGAGGCGGUUAUCCAUGCCUUCCAGCACUGGUUCUCCCGUCGAUGAGACUUUCGAAGAUGUACCAUUUGACGAACUGUCCGACGCCGAGUCGGUGGACGAGGAUGUAGUACCGCAGCAGAAAAUUGAGAUCGACAACAAGAUCGCAUUGGAACGCAUCCGGGAUACGAUCAAACUUGACUCUUCAUUGCCAUGGACUGAGACACUAGCGGUCUCAUAUCCGGAGACAAUUGAUGUAGGCGUGGAUGAUGACCUGAACCGUGAACUAGCUUUCUACAAGCAGGCUCUGCACGGCGCACAGCAGGCAAGAUCACUAGCUGCUAAGCACGGCUUGCCCUUUACUCGCCCGUCUGACUACUUCGCCGAAAUGGUUAAGUCCGAUGCCCACAUGGAGCGCAUCCGCCAAAGGCUGCUGGAUGAGGGCGCGGCGAUUAAGCGGAGUGAAGAAAAGAGGAAGGAGCGCGAAGGGAAGAAGUUUGGCAAGCAGGUGCAAAUGGAGAAGCUGCAAGAGAGGGAGCGGAGUAAGAAGGAGAUGGAGGAGCGACUCAAGGGCCUCAAAAGGAAGCGCAAGGAUGCCCUGGACGGUCCACAAGACGACGGGUUCGAUGUCGCAGUCGAGGACGCUAUCUCUGACCGUCCCUCUAAACGUACGAAGGGUGCAGGACCCGGGGACAAGAAGAAGCUCCCGCGGCCAGCACGAGACAAGAAAUUCGGCUUCGGCGGUCCUCGCAAGCGGGCCAAACAAAACACCAAGUCUUCGACGGACAGCUUCGAAGCACGGAGUGCCGGCAAGGGCAAGGGAGCAAACGGACCAAGGGCAAAAGGCGGAUCAAAACGACCGGGGAAGAGCAAGCGUGUGUCGGCUCGUAGUCGUACAUGAUGGUGUGAACUGUUCAUCCCUUUUCUUUCGUGACCUUCCUGCCUCCGGCUUGUCCUUUGCCUUUGUGUAUUCGAUUCCAUCGCUUCUCAGUUGAUGGAUCAUGUAGUUUAUAUGCCUGCUGCAUUCACAAGGUAAUUCUG